UUUAAGUCCAGUGUGACUUAUCUAUCCUACACUGCUGCUGUCGGUAACGGAGCGGCUGCGCACACACCUACAUACACUCCUCUCUCUCGCUCUCUUUACAAUACCACACACACACACACACACCGGAGCGCAGGAGCGGACUAGCGCACUGGGAAGAAGGGAGAGAAGAGAAACGGAGAGAGGCGACACAAGUCAGACCGGCUCGAGCAGGGGAAUGUGCCGGAUUCCGCUGCGCACACACCCGGGCUGUCCCGCACUGAGGGCUCCACUGCGUUAACGGGAGACGACACAGGGCUGAUACUGAGGCAGCGGGACCAGGACCAGAGAGGGACAAAGUAAAAAAUAAAAAAAAGUAGUCACCUGGCUGCGGAGGAAAUUAGAGAGGGAGGGGAGUGGAGGAGGGCGGGAGGUGUACCCGCCUCACAGAGCCUUGUUCUGGGGGUAACGCCACUGCUUGCGCGCAACGGAGAGUAAGCGCAAAGUUUCCUCGAUGGCGCUGGUGAUGGAGCCAGUGAGCAAAUGGAGCACAAGCCAGGUGGUGGACUGGAUGAAAGGUCUGGACGACUGCUUGCAACAGUAUGUGUGUGUCUUUGAGCGCGGAGGUGUUUGUGGGGAGCGGCUGCUGAGGAUUAGCCACGCCGAACUUGAGGAGCUGGGAGUCUCUCGCAUCGGACACCAGGAGCUCAUUCUGGAGGCUGUCGACUUGCUCUGUGCCCUGAACUCAGGGCUGGAGACAGAGAGCGUCAGGACUCUGGCUCACAAGCUCGGCGCCUCAGCCAAGAACCUGCAGAACUUCAUUUCCGGACGGCGUCGGAGCAGCCAAUCAGAGAGCAGGAGCUCGCGGCGCCUCCCCAAUGAUCUGCUGACCUCUGUGGUCGACCUCAUCACCGCUGCCAAGAGCCUGCUGGCCUGGCUGGACAGGUCUCCCUUUGCUGCAGUGGCAGACUACUCAGUAACCCGAAAUAAUGUCAUUCAGCUCUGCCUGGAGCUCACCACCAUUGUACAGCAGGACUGUACGGUGUUUGAGACGGAGAACAAAAUCCUUCAUGUGUGUAAGACUCUGUCGGAGGUGUGCGAGCACAUUGUGUGUGUGUCAUCGGACCCGCUGGUUUCACAGUCAGCCCACCUUGAGCUGGUUCACCUCACCAACAUCAAGCCCUCUGAAGGCCUGGGAAUGUACAUAAAGUCAACCUACGAUGGACUCCAUGUUAUCACAGGAACUACAGAAGGGUCUCCGGCUGACCGCUGUAAGAAGAUCCAUGCAGGAGAUGAAGUCAUUCAAGUCAAUCAUCAGACCGUGGUGGGCUGGCAGUUACGUAACCUGGUCGGCUCGCUGCGGGCCGAUAAAGGCAUCGUGUCCCUGACCCUGAAGAAGCGUCCACAGAGCACGCUCAGCUCUGCCCCUGCGCUGCUGAAGAACAUGCGCUGGAAACCCCUGGCUUUGCAGCCGACCAGAAGCCCAGGCAGCAGUUCAGCCACGCCUUCAGGCACACCCACCAAGAACUCCGCCCUCCAGGACCUUUACAUCCCCCCUCCACCUGCUGAGCCAUAUACACCCAGAGAUGAGACAGGAGCCUUGUCUGGUGAUGAAGCAUCUCGUAACCAUGGUGGCGUCAGCGCUGCUAAGCGCUCUGAGUCACCGAACUCCUUCCUGGAUCAAGAGUCUCGCCGGCGAGAAGAGGAGGAGCCCGUGUACUGCACCACACCCACAUACGGCAGGCUGAGGCCCAUCUCCAUGCCUGUGGAGUGUAACUGGGUGGGUGAUUAUGAAGACCCAGCCAAGCUUAACAGAGAAAGCCGCAGAGAAGCCUCGCUUAUGCGUUACGUGGGACUGUCCGGUGGGGACGAACGGACCAGCGGUGAAGACUACUCCUCCCACACAGCUCGUCCGGGCAAACGGUCCAAUGAUACGGCCAAACGUGCCAAGAGGCGGAGCCACCACAGUCAAAGCCCCUCCCAUUAUGUCCUUCAGACAAAUCAGAGAGAGUCACCUCCCAGGGACCCAGCCUCCAUUUAUCAUACAUACCAACAGUCCUCCUCCUCCUCCUCUCUGCAGUCAAAGAACAGGAAGAAGAAUAAAGGACGAAGUUUGGCCUCGCUGAGUCGGAGGCGUGUUUCCUGCAAGGCGCUGGGCAGAGGAGACUGCGAGGGUUGGCUGUGGAGAAAGAGAGAUGCAAAGGGUUACUUUUCUCAAAAAUGGAAGAAGUACUGGUUUGUUCUGAAAGACAACUGCCUGUACUGGUACAUCAAUGAAGAGGAUGAAAAAGCCGAAGGUUUUGUCAGUCUUCCAGAAUUUAAGAUCGAUCGAGCCAGUGAAUGCCGCAAGAAGUAUGCUUUCAAAGCUUGCCACCCCAAGGUCAAGAGUUUCUACUUUGCAGCAGAUGGAGUGGAUGACAUGAACAGGUGGCUGAGUCGCCUCAACAUGGCCGCUGUAGGCUAUGCAGAGCGAGAGAGGAUACGCCAGGAGCAGGAUUACUGGAGUGAAAGUGAACAUGAGGAUGACGCUGCCUCCAGCCCCAAACAGGACAGUCCCCCACCUCCAUAUGACACCUACCCACGGCCUCCAUCAAUGAGCGCCUACUUGGAAGGAGGUCGGACCACUCGGCUGUCUUCCACAGAGACGUCUCGCUCUCGCUCAUCCCAAGAGGACUUCCUUUGUGGCGAGCCCCCUGCUGCAGCUGCAGAGCCGCAGUACCACCCUGGUCCUCUUGGGGGAGGCACCACACACAGUGGCAGAAAAGCAGGGGGCAGCAACAGCAGCGACGUACAGUACAGAUGUGAUCCUGUAGAGUACCGCUCCAGUCCUGCUGGGGGCAGUAGUGAGACAGGGUCCCCGGGCCGCUCUUCAUCAUCGCAGAGGCGCUCUUGGCAGGACCUGAUUGAGACGCCAUUGACCGAGGCUGGACUGCACUACCUUCAAACUGGACCACUUGAGGACGCCGUCUUUGCUGAGCCAGGUGGUGGCUCAAUGAUGGCCGGAGCCGUUUACACUCUUCCUGCUCCGAGGAAUGUCCCGUUGCCCAUGGCAAUGCAGAGGCUGAUUCCUAUGGCAACCCAGGGAGGGAAACCCCGCAGCUUCACACUGCCACGAGACAGCAACCUCCACACGCUCCUCGCACCGCCUGCAAAAGAAGAACAGCAAACACACAACGGUGGCAGUGAAGGUGCCUCGCUGGGCGACCUGUUUCGUGCGUGCGAGCAGGGUGGGGUCUGUCCUCUGGGUCGGGGGUCGGAGUCCAAAGGUCAGUCAGAGUUCAGGCAGUCAUUUCUCCGAAGGGCCGCUGACCCUCAUCUCAACGAGCGCCUGCACCGCCUCCGCAUACUGACCUCCACGUUGAAGGACAGGGAGGGGGAACUAGCGCUGAUUGACAGGCUGCUGGCCAAACCCCAGCUGUCGUCGGCAGAGUUCCAGGAGUGGAAGAGAGCCUAUCAGGAGCUGUUCACUCAGGAGCCGAACUCGGCCGCCGACUCAGAUCCUGGCCCGCCCCUCACCCCGUCGCUCUCUCACACGCACUCCUACAUUGAGACGCACGUCUGACGCGAAAAGCAAAAGCAACACACACGCUUAAAUUGCUCUCAUCAGCUGAUUUUGGAUUGAGUUGAACAAAUUGCAGUUGAUGCUUUGAGGCAUCAGAGCUGCGAUCGGAGAAAUCUUAGUGACGAACUGAGUCGAGAGGCGAGAGUAGAGAUGCGCUUUGAGCAGCCGCCGUGUGACAAGUGCAACAUGACGUGUUUUUGCGAAGACCCUCGUGUCACAUCAGUCUUCGAGCUGAUUGGUCAUGCCACUCCAGAUGGCUCGAGGGUGGACACUGACACUGAUUCUUGAGUAUUAUAUGUUAGCUUUUGUGCUGCGUACCUAAAAUACUCUCCAUGGAAAACCAUAUAAAGAAGGAUCUUCAUCAUCUUCAUACAGACUUCUCAUCCAGUGGGAUUACAGAGUUGUAUCUUUCUCCAUCUUGCUUAUUGUGCCAUUUUCAUACUGUGACUGCACAGUGUCUCAUAGACGCUCUAAUAGCCACAUACAUUGUAUUCUUUCAAGCCUUAUACUUGAUGUCUAUGAUGAUAUUUACUGUACAGUGAGUGCUACAGUAGACAACAAUAAGCAAAGGUCUUUUUUUUAAAAAACAAAACAAAACACUAGUCUCAGUUUCUAUCUAGUUUUAGAGACUUUUGUUUGUGCUGGUUUGGUAGAUUCGUGUACUGUGCUGGGCUGGACCUGAAGCAUGCACACUCCUCCUGGAAUAGGACCCAUUUGAAGGAAAAAUCCACCCUCAAAUGCUUUUCUAGCAAUGCAUCAGGCAUCACAUGGUGUAGUUAGGAGCCCAUUAUCUGCUGUUGCUUUAUUAUUGAACUUCAGUUCACACUCCAAAAACACAGUAUGCCUUUCAGAAACUGCCAUUUACUGCUUUAUAACUUCGCAUAUGCACAUUAAAGCAGUGUGGUUUUUACAUUUGGAAAAAUAGAACACUACAUGCAGUUAAAUCUGUUGUACAGACAUAUACAGGCAUAAAUAGAGAACAACAGUUAUUCUUGUUGCUUCGAGAAUAAAAGCUUGCAAUGAUCAAGGGAG